AAAGCUUUGAGGUUUCUAUUUUAUAUACAGUGCGCUUACUAGAUUUUAGUGCUAGGAGAGGUUAGACAAUGGUGGGUGUUAUUUCGUUGGUAACAGGGAAGCCUGGUCGAAGUGGUUUUGGAUCAGCUUCAACUGCAGAGCAAGUUACUGAAGGAAUUGAUGCCAGCAACCUCACUGCAAUUGUCACAGGAGGAGCAAGUGGUAUAGGUUUGGAGACAGCACGAGUCUUGGCCCUUCGAAAGGCACAUGUCAUCAUUGCUGCACGAAACAUGGUGUCAGCAAAGAAAGCUAAGGAACAAAUACUACAAGAGAACGAGUCUGCCAAAGUGGACAUAAUGAAGCUCGACCUAUGCUCAGUGAAAUCUGUCAGAUCAUUUGUGGACAACUUCAUUGCUCUUGAUCUUCCUCUCAACAUCUUAAUAAACAAUGCUGGUGUCAUGUUCUGCCCCUUCAAGCUCUCAGAGGAUGGGAUUGAAUUGCAGUUUGCAACAAACCAUCUUGGCCAUUUCCUCUUGACGAACCUUCUUCUUGACAAAAUGAAACGAACUGCAAAAGCUACUGGAAUAGAGGGCAGGAUCAUAAAUCUGUCAUCAAUUGCCCAUAACUUCACUUAUAGAAAGGGAAUUAGAUUUGAUAAGAUCAAUGACCAAACUGGUUAUUUUAACAAGAAGGCAUAUGGACAGUCCAAGUUAGCCAACAUUUUACAUGCAAAUGAGCUUUCUCGUCGCUUGCAGGAAGAAGGUGUGAACAUCACAGCCAACUCAGUCCACCCAGGAGUGAUAAUGACUCCUCUAAUGAGACACCAUGAUGUGAUUCAUGCAGACUUGCUGAAGAUCUUCACCUUUUACAUAUGGAAGAACAUCCCACAGGGAGCAGCCACGACAUGCUAUGUUGCUCUCCACCCAAACGUGGAAGGUGUAACUGGGAAGUACUUUGUGGAUUGCAAUGAAUUUAAACCAAGUGCAUUUGCCUCUAACAAACAGUUAGGAAAGAAACUCUGGGAUUUCAGCAACAACUUGAUCAAUUCAAUUUCAAAAGCUUGAAUGCACAUGCUGCUUGGUUUUUUCCCUUUAAGGACAGAAGCCUCGUUAUGGUCUCGAGUUUAUCAAAACUCGUUAUGCAAUAAGAAGC